CCCCGGCAACGGCUAGGAGCGGCAGCGGCGGAGGUAUAAAAGGCCGGCUGACCGCAGACACAGCAGCUCACACUUCGGUCAGGCUCCCAGCAGCGAGGACCACACAUCCACAGCAGCAGACAUGAACACUUUGACGGUCCUCGUCCUGACGCUGGUGGCGCUGGCGAGGGCGAAGCCGCAGUUCCGGCCACAGCCGCAGCCCUCGUACUCUGGCAACACGUCGCCCAUACCAAUCAUCCGGUACAGCAACGAGAUCAGCCCCGACGGAUCGUACGCCUGGAGCUACGAGACGGGCAACGGCAUCGCGGCCGACGAGAGCGGUGCGCUGGAGAACCCGGGCCAGAAGGACCUGGAGGCGAUGCGCGCGCAGGGCUCCUUCUCUUACACGGCGCCCGACGGCUCGCCAAUCAGCGUGCGAUACGUCGCUGACCGCGACGGCUUCCACCCCGAGGGCGCCCACCUGCCCACGCCGCCACCCAUCCCGCCGGCGAUCCAGCGCGCCCUCGACUUCAUCGCCAGCCAGCCUCAGCAGCCGGGCAACAACGGCGGCGGCCAGUUCCCCAGGCCUCAGCCCUUCCCCCGUCCGGGAGCCUUCGGCCGCCGCUAAGGCUCUACGACGACCGCCCCUCUGAUGACGAUCCAUCCAAGACGGCUUCGCUGUUGCUACUGUGACGCUGCGCCACUCCAGCUGGCCUGUGCGGCCCAAAGAUCUCUCCCGUCUGUGAUGUCUGAUGUGGACCACCAACAAACUCAUCCUUACAAUCUCUCCACUUCCCUUUCACUUAGUCAGCCCUUCCUCAACUUCCUUUACCACCUCUUCACUCGGUAGAAUUGCAAACCCUUUCCCUUUCAAAAAUUUCCCCAAUCCCUCAACUGAGUAACAACUUUUGUAGCACUUGACGACAGUUACUCGAGACCUGCAGACGUUACAAGCAGACGGUGACGUAUGUAGGAAAACCUCUGAAGCUCUGAAACCUCCUAGUCCCUUUCUUUUCAAAGUACAAAUACUGUGCUCACGGGUACCUUCUUUUGCUCUAUCGACUCCCUGUCUAGAGUUGUCCUUCUUACAUCUGUUGCUUAUUCUUCACGUAGUCAACUGCAGUAACGAUUCGCCCUUUUUGUUACUUUCGAGUAUGUUUCUUGAUCCACCUAUCAGAUUAUAGACCGAUAUUACACGCGAAGUCGUCAGCUAUGGACCUCGGUAAACUACAUACAAUGACCUCCAAGUGUCAGGCAAUCGAGCCACAAGCUCGAUCUCCUACACACAUCCCUCUAUUUUUAAAUAUUCGUGUAUAGCAUGUGCAGUACGGCCUAAGCAAUGACACAACUGCGCUUGUGAAAUUGCUGUUUGACAUUUUCAGGUGGUAUCUCUCAUUCGCUCUCUUCAGAAUAUCCUCCUUUAACUUAUUUUCACCUCACGAUGCGUAUUGCGCUCGUCACUGGUGGGGUAACUCUUACAAUGUGUGGUAGUGAUCUAACGGCCUCAGCAGCUGAGAGGAAUUUCGAGUGGGUCGCAAAUAACAUAGUGCAGUACACCCUCCGAUAAACGCUUAGCUUGCCAGUAGAAACUAUAGCGAAGACACGUCAUGCCGUCUUUGUACUAAUAGACUUAACUUGUAAGCACCAUGACCAAGUGACGAACCAGCAGACGGAUUUGUCAUUGAGUGAUUUGUAUUUUUAUUAAAUAAAUGUGCAAUCAACUGUA